AGAUCUAAAAAUCUUGCAGAGAUUUCUUCAUUAUUAGUUUUUAAGGAAAAUGGUUUAUACGCUGCCUGGGAUUCGGUUGAAUACUCUUCCACCAAUUUCUCAUUGUGGUGGUGAUCGGAGGACUACUGUUGCGGCUUCUACUUCUACAAAUCUUUCAGUAUUGUUCAGGAAAAACACAUUAACUCGGAAGUUUUUAGCUGGAAGGUCUGUGUACGAGUUUGAAUCUCCAUCUUUUAUGGUUGCUGCAACGGAGAAAGUGCUUGUUCCUGGCAGUCAAAGUGAUGCUUCUUCUUCAACUGAACAAUUGGAAGCUCUUGGUACAGAUGCCAAAGAUUCCAAAAUAUCGCAAAAUGAAGUCAGUCUGGAGGAAGAACAACUUGAUGGGACAACUGAAAAGGAUUUUGUUACUUCACCAGUUCUGGUUGAGGAUAUUGCAGCUACGGAGGAAGUACGUUCAGUUUCAUUAGUUGAGAUAGGAAAAGAAAGUGCAGCGAUCAGACAGAUGCCUCUUCCUCCUCCUGGAAUUGGGCAGAGAAUAUAUGAGAUCGAUCCACUUUUGGACAGGCAUCGUGAACAUCUUGAGUACCGGUAUUCGCAUUACAAGAAGAUACGUGAGGCAAUUGACAAGUAUGAAGGUGGUUUGGAGGCAUUUUCUCGUGGUUAUGAGAAGUUGGGUUUCACUCGAAGUGAAACAGGCAUCACCUACAGGGAAUGGGCACCUGGAGCGAAGUCUGCUUCACUUAUUGGAGAUUUCAACAACUGGAAUCCGAAUGCUGAUGUUAUGACUCGGGACGAAUUUGGUGUAUGGGAGAUCUUUUUGCCGAACAAUGCUGAUGAUUCUCCACCUAUUCCGCAUGGUUCUCGAGUGAAGAUUCGUAUGGAUACUCCAUCUGGCCUUAAAGACUCGAUUCCUGCUUGGAUCAAGUUUUCUAUACAGGCUCCUGGUGAGAUUCCUUAUAAUGGAAUUUACUAUGAUCCCCCAGAAGAGGAAAGAUAUGUGUUUCAACAUCCUCGGCCAAAGAAACCAAAAUCUCUUAGGAUUUAUGAGGCACAUGUUGGAAUGAGUAGUACGCUGGACAGAAACAAACGCUCUACCCUUUGGAGUAGAGGUAAGGAACCAAUGAUCAACACCUAUGCUAACUUCAGAGAUGAUGUUCUCCCUCGCAUCAAAAAGCUUGGUUACAAUGCUGUUCAGCUCAUGGCUAUUCAAGAGCAUUCGUAUUAUGCUAGUUUUGGGUACCAUGUGACAAAUUUCUUUGCACCUAGCAGUCGUUGUGGGACUCCAGAUGAUCUUAAAUCCAUGAUAGAUAAAGCCCAUGAGUUGGGACUGGUUGUUCUCAUGGAUAUCGUGCACAGCCAUUCAUCAAACAACACUUUAGAUGGUCUAAAUAUGUUUGACGGGACGGAUAGUCAUUACUUCCACUCUGGAGAACGAGGUUAUCAUUGGAUGUGGGAUUCUCGCCUUUUCAACUAUGGACAUUGGGAGGUGUUAAGAUAUCUUCUUUCAAAUGCAAGAUGGUGGUUGGAUGAAUAUAAGUUUGAUGGAUUCAGAUUUGAUGGUGUGACUUCAAUGAUGUACACGCAUCAUGGUUUACAGGUAGCGUUUACCGGAAACUACAAUGAGUAUUUCGGGUUGACGACCGAUGUUGAUGCUGUGGUUUAUUUGAUGCUGGUAAAUGAUCUUAUUCAUGGGCUCUUCCCCGAAGCAAUCUCUAUUGGUGAAGAUGUGAGUGGAAUGCCGACAUUCUGCAUUCCUGUACAAGAUGGCGGUGUGGGGUUUGACUACCGUUUGCAUAUGGCAAUUGCUGAUAAGUGGAUUGAGCUUCUCAAGCUGAGGGACGAAGAUUGGAAAAUGGGCGAUAUCGUUCACACACUUACCAAUCGAAGAUGGUCAGAAAAUUGUGUUGCUUAUGCCGAAAGUCAUGAUCAAGCUCUAGUUGGUGAUAAAACUCUUGCAUUCUGGCUUAUGGACAAGGAUAUGUAUGACUUCAUGGCAGUGGAUAGACCGUCAACUCCUCUUAUAGAUCGUGGUAUAGCAUUGCAUAAAAUGAUCAGGCUUAUUACAAUGGGAUUAGGUGGAGAAGGGUAUUUGAAUUUUAUGGGAAACGAGUUCGGGCAUCCUGAGUGGAUAGAUUUUCCAAGAGCCGAUCAACGUCUUCCAGAUGGGAGAUUUAUACCUGGGAAUGGUAAUAGCUUUGACAAAUGUAGGCGUAGAUUCGAUCUGGGGGAUGCUGAAUAUUUACGUUAUCAUGGGUUACAAGAAUUUGAUAAGGCGAUGCAGCAUCUCGAGGAAGCUCAUAAAUUCAUGACUUCAACACACCAGUAUAUAUCACGGAAACACGAAGGAGAGAGAGUAAUCAUUUUUGAAAGAGAAGACUUGGUUUUCGUCUUUAAUUUCCACUGGCAUAACAGUUAUUCAGACUACCGGGUGGGCUGUUUAAAACCUGGAAAGUAUAAGAUUGCCCUGGACUCUGAUGAUCCGUUAUUUGGAGGCUUUGGUAGACUUGAUCACGAUGCUGAAUUUUUCACCUUUGAAGGAAGCCACGAUAACAGACCUCGAUCAUUCAUGGUAUAUGCGCCUGCCCGCACAGUAGUCGUCUACAAACUCGUAACUGAUGCUGUCAGUAAGUAGCUGUGCUCUAAGGCUAUGUUUUGCAAGAUCUGCUGUGCAAAGUUGCAGUGGUUGACCAUCGAGAAAGGGGAAAUGCACAGAGGAAAAAACGUCUGUGUCGGUUAAGUUGGUACUGACAAGGCUCGAGAUUACAAACGAUUUUGCAAUCGUUAUUAGUUCUAAUAAAGCGCUUGAUGUUCGAGUAGUUAAGAUCUUUGUUGCAAUGUAUAGUGUUAGAAAACAGAUGGUUUAUACAUCAAAUAAUCUUUACAGUAAAUAAAUAGAUGUUCUUUUUGAAAUUUAAGCCAUGACUUUACACUA